AUGCUUCCCCGCCUACUCCAACAUCACAAACGUCAUUUAUUCGCAUUCAACUCUACAGCCAGAAACAGGCUAAGAAUAUUCUUGACAAACGACACUCGCUAUUAUUCUGCUCUACCCUCGCUGCUGCAGACUGCCACUCAACCUUCGACAUUUUCACCUCGGCUGCCAUUCCCGCAACUAGUUGCGCCGUACAGCUCGUAUAGUCUCAACAACAGUCACGGUCCCCGUGUUACUCCAUCAAAAAUGGCUACCGCAACCACGAUCAAUCUAUCGCUGGUGACAGACUCCGGUGUCUUUAGCUCCGGCGUGAGAGAAGAUGCAGCGCGAACAGCGAGCGAGAUCUUGCAAGAGGAUAUGGCAAAGCACCAUGUCUUCUUCAAUGAACAUGGGUUUCAUAACCACAUCCCGCACCAGGUUCUGACUAUCUUUGCUCUCGGCGCAGCACCAGCGGAUAUCAAGGCUUGCUAUGAUCGUAAUGCAAUCUACCAGAGACCUGUGAUGCCAACCGACCAAGAGGUCGUCAAAUCUAUGCAUGAUGUGACCAAGUUCCAGGAGUACUUUGGGAAGGAACAGCAUUAUCCUAAUUAUUUGGCUUUCUUUCAGCAGGAGCUUGAUGCAAAGGGCGUCGGUUCGGUUUUGACAGAGUAUGUCUUUGCCGGCGACCAACGGGCUGAGAGCAUGCUGUGUCGGCUGUUUGGUGGCCUCAUUCACCCGCUCAUUCAUCUCGGCUUCGGACUAGAGUUUAAUCAGCCUGCCAUUGUCGCCCAGGCUCUUGCACAGGCGGCUGUGCAUGAAGAAUGGAUUGGUCGAGAAUUCUUCUUGCCAACUGAGAAGAUGGCUGGUGGCAUUGGGAAAUCUGGCCAGAAGUCCCUGCUUCAGCUUUUGAAUGAGAUCCGCACAGACAAAGCUCUUGUUGAGAGUGUUCAGUGGGGUGAUGCCAAUAAGAUCAGAGAUGGUGUGCUGCAUAGAGCACCCGAGCAGAUGAUGAAGUAUGCUGCUCAAUUCACGGUUUCUGAGGACCAGGUGCCAGAACGGUUGGCGGAUAUGAUCAACACAGUUGUGUACUACACCGCUGCAGCCCAGCGUCCGACCAAGAAGAUGAGACUGGAUUUCUUCUACAUCCAUUGUGUCAAUUCGUCUAUCUUCUUCUCUAAAAUUGUCAACCUCCCAUUCUUGGACCAAAGGGCCAAGCUACGCCUGCUAGAAUGGAAGGGGCGGAUGGAUCUGUUGAUGUACACUUCUCGCGGAUCGCCAAACCUUCUGCUGGAUGAGAUAGCCAGUUAUCCAAUAAAGGAGGACUGGUCGCAGAUAUUCACACGCAGUAUCACUCAUCCAGACGAUGAUGGACAUCUCGCCAAGCUGGCACGAGCUUUGGCAAAUGGCGAGAAAGUUUGUAAGCCAUUCGAGGAUCAGAAUUCCGAGAUGCCAAUCAAAGGGGAUAUGUGGCUUCGGAUUGGAAAUAUGGCUAUUGAUUGCACUGAUAAGGAGGAAACGGGGUCAAUGUGGAUUCGUUCUACUGGGUUUGAUGAAGCGUGGGAGCCUCAAGCACAGGCACAUAUGUAA